UGGACAUUCUAGCGAUUUAUUAUUUAUGUUUUGGUUUCUUGUGAUGAUUGCUAGCAGCUCUUUUUCGUAAGACUUAAGUUUUUGUUGGAACAAGUGUUGAGGUUUCGAACAUCUGUUGAAAAGUAUACAUUUUUUGAAUCUGGUGCGAAUGAACGCGAUUCGAAAUCCGAAAAAUUCCAACGUUUCGAAAUGCUGUCAACUUCAGAUCGUAAAAAAGAACUCACGAUAAAUAUCAAACGUCAUCACAUUUUACUGCGCAAUAGCAUUCCAAUCGCUUUGGUCGUACUCUCGUUCUCCUGACGACAUAUUUGUUGCGUACAUUAAAAUUAUCAGUUUUUUCUAUAACAACAAUUCAAUUGUUAAUUUGUUCGUUAUUAUCUACAGUCGAUAUUCGCCUUUCAAUUACGUUUUGAUAACCGGAGUUUGACCAGACCGAGCAGACUUUAGGUAUCGUUGUAUCGCUGACAUUGCAUCCAUUGAAGUUCUGAACAAGUCAAGCAAACGUCAGAAUGGCCACACGAAAAUCACCUCGCCUGAAUGGGCCACCAGCCAAGGCAAGAAAAGAGAACGAUCAACAAGACGAUGUUGCCGUUGUCGUUGUCACUGACGCUGCCGUCGAGGAACCAACACCACCCGUUUUCAAUCUCAUCAACGAUUGCUGCUAUGCCAUUUUGGAUUGGCUGUCACGUGAAGACCUACGCUCAUUUGGUCAAACGUGCAAAUGGGCACAACAAGUGGCUACAAACUUCCACCAAAUGAACCACACAGCAAUGAAUUAUCGCGUCUAUGGAUUGGGCCAAAUUUUUGGUCCCGCACUUUUUGAUCUCCAAAACACACAAAAAAUACACAUUUGGGGAAUGAACUUGGAUCCAUAUCGCAACGUCAAGUCAUACUGCAAUAAACCGAUCAAGCAAAUCCGCUUGGGUGAUACCAUAUUAUCAGUCGCGAAAGUUAAUUGUCUCAAAAAGCUUCUACGCACCGUCGAAUGUGUGAAAUUGGAAAGAUGCAGAAUCAACGGCGAUUUCUACGAAAAUUUUCUCAAAUUUUGUAUCAACAUCAAGGGGCUUCAUGUUGGUUCUAGCUAUCACCGUAAUCCGAAUGGGGAUCACAUUUUGAUUGGUGUUGACAAUGGAUGGUUGACCCGAAAAUACCCAACACUCGAGCAUUUGGAAGUAACUCGUGGUUUGGCUCGAAGGGUCGAUGAGCUGAAGAUAUUUUUCGAACAAAAUCCAAACGUUCGCAGCUUUGCCACUGACUCUACAUUCCUUGAAGAGAAUUUCGACUUGUUCAGAACGACAAAGAUUAAAUUGGAUCUGUUGGCGAUUUGGGAUAAUUCGGCUAGUGUGACCGCAUUUCGUGAUAACUUGAACUCUCUUCAUGAACGUGGUGUCUUUCAACGAUUGCACUGGUAUUGCAGAUUGGUAUCUGCUAACGAAGCUUCAUUGAAUGCGCUGGAAAAAUUGUCAGUUGGUCAUUGGAAUCUUGGUGAAUGUGCUACCAUUUCAUCACUUUUGGUUAACAUCAAAGAAUUGAUCAUCAGAUUCUAUCUCAAUGGAUCAACAACUAUGGAAACAACAGCUCGUAAUCUGGUGAAUCUCGAACGUGUUUAUCUCGGUGAACCAACAUGCGAAGCAAUCGUGUCGUUCAUUCGUCAUUCUGCAAAGCUGAAGAAAAUUAAAGUCGCUCAUAGCAUUGGAAUGCCGAAUAGCAAUAUAGACGGCCUUGAUCUCGCGGCUUGGAACAAGGGGCGUGAAAAAUUGUUCGGAGCACGAAAAGUCACAAUCUAUGUUCCGGAACACGUUUACUUGGCAACAAAGUGGGCAACGAACAAAACAGACUACAGUUUGAUCGAGUUAAAGCGAGGAAACUCAUACGAUUGGGGCAGCGAUUUCAACCUUUAUUAAAAAUUUCAAAAUAAGUGAAUGAGCGUUCCACAUUCCACUGACAAACACAAUUUCACAAAUUUCUAUAUUUAAAACAUCAAUUUAAAAAAAAAACAUUCCGAAGUUCCAA